GAAAAUCUGACGGCUCUCUACAUAGAGAGUUUGAAACUUUGUAAAGUAACCGAGCCGCCGCCAAAAUGCUGGUGUUAUUUGAGACCGCCGCUGGAUAUGCGAUAUUUAAAGUCCUUGAUGAAUCCAAGCUGCAGCAGGUCGACAGCCUGUACAAGGAGUUUGAAACUCCUGAAAAGGCGAACAAAGUUGUGAAGCUGAAGCACUUUGAGAAGUUUCAGGACACAACGGAGGCAUUGGCAGCUGCCACUGCCCUUACUGAGGGAAAAGUUGGCAAGAGUUUGAAAAAAGUCUUGAAGAAAGUUGUUGCCAAGGAAGCUCAUGAGCAGCUGGCCAUCAGUGAUGCAAAACUCGGUGGCGUCAUCAAAGAAAAGAUGGACCUGAGCUGUGUACACAGCCCUGCAGUGGCUGAACUGAUGAGAUGCAUCAGGGGCCAGAUGGAGAGCCUCAUCACUGGACUUCCUCCCAGGGAGAUCAGUGCCAUGUCUCUGGGGUUGGCUCACAGUUUGUCCCGCUACAAGCUGAAGUUCAGUCCAGACAAAGUGGACACGAUGAUUGUGCAAGCCAUCUCUCUUUUGGAUGACCUGGAUAAGGAGCUUAACAACUACAUUAUGCGCUGCAGAGAGUGGUACGGCUGGCACUUUCCUGAGCUGGGCAAAGUCAUCACUGACAACUUGGCCUACUGCAAAGCUGUCCGCCAUAUUGGUGAUCGCACAAAUGUAGCUGGCUCUGAUCUGUCAGAAAUCCUUCCAGAGGAAAUCGAAGCUGAAGUUAAACUGGCUGCUGAGAUCUCCAUGGGAACAGAGGUUUCAGAGCAGGACAUUGGCAACAUCAAGCACCUGUGCGAUCAGGUUAUUGAGAUUUCAGAAUACCGCGCUCAGCUGUACGACUACCUGAAGAACAGAAUGAUGGCUAUCGCUCCCAACCUGACAGUAAUGGUGGGUGAGCUGGUCGGGCUCAUCUCACAUGCAGGGUCCCUUCUGAAUCUGGCAAAGCAUCCGGCGUCUACAGUGCAGAUCCUUGGAGCCGAGAAAGCUCUUUUCAGAGCCCUGAAGACUCGCAAAGAUACUCCCAAGUACGGUCUCAUCUACCAUGCCUCCCUAGUGGGCCAGACCACUGCCAAGAAUAAGGGCAAGAUCUCCAGAAUGCUGGCAGCUAAAGCAGCCCUGGCUAUUCGCUACGAUGCCCUGGGAGAGGACACAAAUGCAGAAAUGGGAGCAGAGAACCGUGCCAAACUGGAGGCCAGGCUGCGCCAGCUGGAGGAGAAAGGAAUCCGAAGAAUCAGUGGAACAGGCAAAGCAAUGGCAAAGGCAGACAAAUACCAGCACAAGAGUGAAGUGAGAAUGUACGAUCCAUCUGGAGAUUCUACAAUUCCCUCCACCUCAAAGAAGAGGAAGUUUGAGGAGGUCGAGGAGGAGGAGGAGGCUGAAGAGCCUGUAACACCGGCAGUCAAAUCCAAAAAGCCCAAAAAGGAACCAGUAACAGAAGAAGAAGCAGAGACAUCCAGAGCAGAGGAGACUCCCAAGAAAAAGAAGAAGAAAAAGAAGGACAAGAAAGAGGAGGCUGAACCUGAGGUGUCAAAGGAGGAAGAGGUCGCAGUAACAGAGUCAACAGAAAAGAAGAAAAAGAAGAAGAAAAAGAAGGUCAAGGAGGAGGAGGAAGAAGACGAGUGAAAUAGCAGAGAGUGUAUAUAUUUUCUGUUAUAGUUUUAUGUUAUUUUAGUUUUGUGUCAUAUGUUUAUGUCAAGGGUAAAACUGUAUUGAAUGCCUGUGCCUGUGCUUCAAAAAGAGUUCAUGUGAAAGAAAAUCAUCAUUCGAUCUCCUUUUAUAACUGCAAACAGUGUGGUUUGAAAGCACGGAUUAUUUCCAGGUAUAGAACGAGUGAAAAUGUAAAUCUAUAUUUUUUAAACAAUGUUAAGUUUGUAAUCUACUACUCUGAUUUCAAAGUUUUAUGUUGAUUUUUAUUUGUGAACACAUCUGUAUCAGACAAGCAUCAAAGGCAGAGCAGAGUGAUGAGUUGCUGAGGAAAGAUUCCUCUGAUCUCUUUGACAAAUCUUUUUAUUGUCUCAGACUGUGAAAUAAACAGUUUUUGCUGUAA